UUAAAAUAAAUACUCGGGGUCAUCCUUUUGGCACAGCCUGUUUUCCAAAGUCAGCCCAAACCAAAUGAAAUCAUGUGACUCUUAUGGGCUGCGUUGGCCAUCCCAUCCCAAAUGAUCUCAUUGCUUUGCUUUACUUUGCUUUACUUCCUCUUCUCCUCUUUCUUCAUGUCUCCUCUUGCUCACCUGCAAUUUCCCAUCCACUUUCCAGUGGCUAAUCCAUAUUCUCUAAUCGUCGGAACAUUUUUGAUUCACGCAACAUCCAUAGCCACCCAUGCUGGAAUCCCUGGAAAAUACUGGUCUUCCGCUAUGGCGCAAGACAAGAAGUCUCCCAACUGGGUAGAUCAAUCCGAGUUCAAACGUAAUCAAGGUGUCUUUUUGCUGCUGGAGCUAGCAUUUGGCUUUAUUCAGACAUACAUGACGUCGACGUUGGUUAAUUUGACUCGAGUCAAUUCUUGGAACCAUUGUUGGCAGCUGGGAUUAUUCUUAUGGCUCGGCUACGUCACUCCUGAAGUGUAUCGUUCGUUUGUCUGGGAGAACCGUCCUCGAAAUCUGUGCACCAUCAAACUUGCACAAGGGUUUGUUCACACCGUUGUGUUGACCAGUGUUUUGUUCGCCAUGAGCACUCGAUGAAUAAGGUCUCUUUGAAAGCUGUCAACUUUGAUGCACCUCCUAUUUUUCUGUUAUUUCCUCUUUUUAAUACUUACCAUUCUGCUUAUUAUCUUUUUUUUUUUUCUUUCAAAAUCGUGUACACACACACCAUUCGGGAUUUUCACAUAAAAAUGAAG